AUGAUUGACCAUAGUAUCAGCGCCAGUGGGCUUCCCCAUGGCCAUACCUCCGAUGACAAAGAUGCAGCCUUGGCAGUCGUCAGCGAAGUGGCCCAGGAAAUCGAUCCCGUGGUAGCAAGGAGGGUUCUAUGGAAGAUUGAUCUAUAUCUGAUGCCUGCUAUGCUUAUCGGCUAUGGCAUUGUAUACUACGACAAAGCCAUUCUAGGUAGUGCCGCGCUCUUUGGAAUGACAACCGACUUGGACUUGAUCGUAAAUGACUACUCCACUACUCCUCCAUCCGCUGAUUCAUCCCGGCUCAGCUGGGCAACUUCAAUCUUUUACUUCGGAAUGCUUGCCGGUCUCUACCUGAUGACCUUCAUCUUGCAAAGAUUCAAGACGCGCACCGUUCUCGGCCCGGUCGUCAUGAUUUGGGCUAUUGUCUGUGCCGCUACUGCGGGAGUGUCGACCUGGCAAGGACUGUUUGUGCAGCGAUUCUUCCUUGGUUUCAUUGAAAGUGUUAUCCCUACAAGCUUCAUGACUAUAGUCAGUGGAUAUUACACGCAAGAAGAGCAAGCUCUACGACAGGCGUGGUGGUUCUCUGGUACCGGCUGGUUCACCAUCAUCGGCGGUGCCUUGAACUAUGGGUUUGGCCAGAUCGAAUCUGGAUCGUUGACAAGAUGGCAGUACAUCUAUAUUCUGGCCGGUGCCUUGACAUUUUUGUUUGGUCUCUGGUGUUGCACUAUGCCCAAUUCCCCGGUCUCUGCCUGGUUCCUGACUCCGGAAGAAAGAAUGGUUGCAGUGGAGAGACUGCGCAAGGGUCAAACCGGUGUCAGAUGCCAGAAGAUCAAAUUCGACCAGAUCAGAGAGUGUCUGACGGAUGUCAAGAUCUAUCUGGUAGCUAUUAUGAUGGCGGCAGCAUACACCAUCAACGGAGCGAUCUCAGGCUUCGGGCCCCUGAUUGUGUCCACCUUUGGCUAUGACACCCUUUACUCGAUUCUAUUCCAGUUUCCCGUCGGUGCCGUCUGUGUGAUAUUCAUCCCUCUUUGUGGCUAUAUCCCUACUAUCGUUCCCAAUACUCGUAUCCCCUUACUCAUCAUCUGCUGCCUACCCGUUAUCGCCGGCUGUGUGAUGAUCUGGAAAUCUGAGUGGGGAUAUCGUCCAGCUACGCCAGUUAUCGGAUAUGCGUUGACUGGCUUCUUCGGGCCCGUGGUCAGCCUGAUCAUCACUGUUGGAGCCAGCAAUGUCGCCGGCGCAACGAAGAAAUCCGUCAUGGCGGCAACCGUGUUCGUGGCUUACACUGUCGGUAACAUCAUUGGCCCGCAGCUUGUGAAGAGCGACCAGAAAGCACAGCAUUACCCCGAGCUGUGGACGGGCAUGGUUAUCUGCUACUGCAUCACUAUUGCCGCUGCUGUUGUGUUGUAUCUGAUCCUUCGCCGAGAGAACAGAAUUAGGGAUUCGAUGGAACUGGAUGAGGCACAGCGCGACAAGAUUGCGUUCGAUGACCUCACCGACAAGCAGAAUCCCUUCUUCCGAUAUGCCUUAUAG